AUGCUUACAACAAAAUUAAACAUCAAUUGUUAUCAAGUGUUGCCAAAAACAUUGAGAUUUAAGCCGGCAUUGAAUCAAUUAUAUUGUGUAGGACUACAACAAUUAACUACUACUACUACUACUACUAGUAUUAGACGGCACUGGUAUUUCAAACCUAUAUUGACUACUAGUGUCCUAAUAGUCUAUUUAAUACAUACUAUUAUAUCACUACUACUUCAACUAGUGUUUCCUCAACAAACAUGGUCAAUUGCUGAACUAGUAGAUAAUCAUGAUCACCAUGGUCAAACAACAAAUUGUCUAAUAAAACUAGCAUUGAUAUUGUGGACCAUUUUUACACUAUGGCAACAAUCAGUUUACUAUUAUGUCAAUUGGUAUCGAAUAGACACAAAAUUUAUGCAAUUAUUUCAAGUAUUAGCCGGUGGUGGUGGUGGUGCUGGUAGUGCUGGCGGCCUAACACCCAAUCAUAUCGGUCUAACCGACCAAUCAGCUGUCCGCAGACUACUGGCCACUUGCCGUCGGAUAUUUACAUUUACCGAUACCAUAAUAAAUAAACUACUAGUCCCGAUAGGUAUGUUUAUUGUAGCCAACAAUCUAAUGCUUAGUAUGCCUACUAGUGAAAACUGGUACUCUGUACUUGCAUACCUGUCCACUAGACUAUUAGCUAGCCUGGCCAUCUACUAUAUGAUCAAUCAAAAUCUAUGGCAACUUGCCUAUCUAUUAGUUCAAUUAAAAUCAAUAUCUAUUUGUUUGUCCAUACAAUUACUAUUUGUGACAAUAAUUUCAAGUCAAUGGUGGCCAUCCAUACCGUACAUCCAUAACCUAACCGUCCAGGAAUGCGGUAGAGCCGGUAACCAGCGUGUCGAUGACAACGGUUGCUUCCCAUUGCACCUUAACCAUAGCCUCGGUGGUGGUGGUGGUAGUCAACUGUCCCAGGCACACAAUGCCAGUGCCGGCGAUGCACCAUGGGCAGUCCUGCUCAAAUUAUACUAUUUAGAUCAAGAUAAUCAAACGGCUAUUGAUUAUUGUUCUGGCUCAAUUAUCGGGCACCUGUGGAUUAUUACGGCUGGCCAUUGUGUUAGUUCUGAUGUACAAUACGUUACCGUCUAUACGGGAUCGGGAUUCCCAUUGAACUGGACCCUAUUGACCGAAAACGGUACUGGCUAUAAUUCUAGCCAUAUCUAUCAGCAUCCACUAUACCACCAGCAAGGUAGUACAAUCGUCAACGAUAUAGGACUAAUCAAAUUGAACACUCCUAUACGGUUUGGACGGCACCAACCGGCCAACAAAGGUGACUAUGAUGUGAACGCACUGUGUUUGCCACCCGUUAACGUAACCAAUGGCGACAAUGUGUGGCCGGCCUAUGUUGCCGGUUACGGAGCCAGCGAUAUACAUGGCAAGGGCUUGCAGGUAGGCAGGCGCGAUAUUCAACCCUACUUUGAUACCUAUGGUACGGAAUUUUUGCAUAUGGCCGCCAAAAAUCAAACAGCCAGAAUGUGUGAUGGUGACUCAGGUGCUGGUCUAUGGCUUUAUUGGCAAAAUCGUGCCGUUUUGGUUGGCCUACAUAAGUCAUCUACUGGACCCAUACCCGACAAAAAUAACUGUGUAGAUGGUAAUCUACAGGUGCGCGGUGAAUCGGUAUCAAUGCAUAUGGACUGGAUUAUUAAAGUUAUUAAUGGUUAA